AUGACCGACAAAAACAACCAGAAGCGGGGCACCUCCGACAACAAUCAAAACCAGCGCAACGACAACAACACAGACCACAACCCGACCAAUCCGUCCGAUAGCGCCGCCGACCAUGGGUCCAGCUCGUCGCUCGCCGGCCGAAUCCAGAAUUCAGCCUCGGGGCUCGCGAGGUCUGCCUUCUCUGCCUCGUCUUCGGCUUCGGCUGAUGCGGCGACCUUGUUAGCCGGCGGGAGCGGUAGCAAGGCCGGUCCUUCGGCGUCGUCGAGGGCAGCGUUGUCUGCUGCACAGCGACUCGAUGAUUCAGGGGCUCCGACGUCGUCGUCCUCUGCUCGUGGACUUUCCGAGCACACUGCGUCGGGGGAGACGUUUCGAUCGUCCCCAACAACAAACCAGCAAGCUGGCGGUUUCGCUCUACCUUCGCUCUCCUCGGAGGAGUUCCAGUCCAGCUACGGCGAUGAUCCUUCAUCAGAAUUGAUAAUAUAUUCAAAUAUACGCGAAAGCCAACCGGGAAAAGGAAAAGCCAGAGAGACCAUACCCUUCUCCUCCACCACCACCGAGAACGUCCUCCGCCAUGAUCCCACCCCGCAAGCAAGAUACUCACCACUCCCCACCGACGGCGCCGCAGUGACAUCCCUCCUAUCCUCCAGCACCUUCGACCCCGAAUUCCCACCCCAACCGCACGAAACUUUCGAACCCAUCGAAACCGACCUCUCCCUACCCCAACUCACCGCAAAGGAAAUCCAAACGAUCGACUCCUUCCGACGACAGAUGUCGCUACCGCCUGACACCCAACCGCAGACCCAACCAGCGCACCGCUUAACGCCCUACAGCCUCGUCCCGGAUAUCGACUCGAUCCUGAACAGCGCCGCUCCGGUCACCGACACAGAUGCGACGGUCCUUCGGGAUACGGUGUUGACUAGUCUUCCGGGAUCCGCGGACUGGAUUGCUGUGGACGAGCGGUACCAUGAUGAGGUGUGGGGUUAUUUGCGGCCUGCGUUGGAGGCUGCGAGGGAGGAGAUGGAAGCUAGGAAGGAGAGGGAGGGAAGUGGGCAGGGGAAGGAGGAAGAUGGGCCUGCAGUGAGGCGGUUGAAGAUGAUUCUGAAACAUAUGGGACGCUGA